AUGACAAAAAAUUUAUUUGUUGUGAUUGCUAUUUUAUCAUCAGCAAUAUUACCAAUAUUCAUAGAGGCGCAAGGAUUUACAGGCUAUCCAGCAGUUGAUGUACCACCACCGAUGAAGGAAGAAUGGAAAGUCGACUUAUCUAAUGUUCCAAAGGCUCCAAUUGUUGCAAAAAAUAAAGUAGGCGAGGAUUGUCCUGCCAAAGAUCCAUUUUGUAAUUGGAGUUGUACAAACUGCGUGAAUAAUAAGACUGAUUAUAUUCAAUGUCCUGAUAAAAUUGUAUGGGGUAUUACUUAUGAUGAUGGUCCUUCAGAAUAUACACCAAAAAUUUUAGAUUAUCUUAAAGAAAAAAAUGUAAAAGCAACAUUUUUUAUUGUUGGCUCUAGAGUUACAGAAAAUCCUGAAAUUUUAAACAGAACUUAUAAUGAAGGACAUCAAAUCGGAGUCCACACUUGGUCACACACAUCAUUAACAACUCAAACAAAUGAAGAAAUUAUAGCUGAGAUAAAAUGGACUGAACAAAUCAUCAAACAAGUAACUGGCGCGACUCCUAACUUUAUGAGACCACCAUAUGGCGAUGUAGAUGACCGCGUUAGAUCUGUACUUACCUUACUAGGAUAUAAAGUUGCUAUAUGGGAUCUUGACACAGAUGAUUGGAAGUCAACAGAUCCAGGUUUUGUACCGGAGUCUAUUACUGCAAAAUUUACUGAAUGGGUAAAAGAUACAAAUGCAACUACUGGUCAUAUUUCUUUGGAACAUGAUUUGUAUCCUAUAUCUAGUAAAAUGGCACCUCCAUCCCUUGAUAUUGUUUUGGGUGCUAAAUUUCAAGUAGAACAAGUGGCCAAGUGUGUAUCUGAAUCUCCAUAUCGUGAAUUUACUGGUUUUCCUGGUGAUAAUUCUACUAGCCCAUCUCCAGCAAUUAGUAGCACUUCUGCUAGUGUUGCUAUGACACCAACUACUACUUUAAAUAACAAUUAG